AGAACUUGCUCUUGGUAGUGAAAUGCCGCUCUCCUUCUCACUCUGCAGAGAAGAAAAGGGGAAUUUUUUUUUUUUUUUUAAAGAACAGAGCUUUGUGUUCUAAUGGGUCGUGUGUGAAUUCUUCAGUCAAGCCAAAGCAAAGCCUUCAUGCUCACACCUUUCAAUUCCCAACAACAAUGAACUUCAUAUCUCAACAAAGUCUAACCGAGAAGGGAAUUCUUUUAUGGCACCUGCUUCACCCAAAAAUGACAGUUCAGUCUUAGUGUUGUUGCCGUGAAGAUCUAUUACUAAACUAGGUUUUUGAGAUAUUUGGAGUUUUUAUGCUCUGUUUUUAUCUGGGUGCUUUGGCUUUUGGCUCGUUUGGGUGACUAAGAUAUUUUUGAGAGAGUGGGAUUAUCAUGGAGGAAGUUGAAGACGCUAACAGGGCAGCCGUUGAGAGCUGCCAUAGAGUUCUGGGUUUGUUGUCUCAACCCCAAGAUCAGGUUCAGUGUAGGAAUUUAAUGGUGGAAACUGGAGAAGCGGUGUUUAGGUUCAAGAGAGUUAUUUCUCUUCUAAAUUCUAGUUUAGGUCAUGCAAGAGUUAGGAAACUCAAGAAAUUAAUGACCCCUUUGUCCCAAAGCAUCCUUUUAGAUAACCAACAUCAUAGGACGGAUCUUCCCUGCAAGAAUUUUCAGUUUGUUCAAUCCAGUAGUUACCUUGAUGGCCACCCAAUUCAGGAACUGGGUUCAAAUGCUAAGAAUUCCCUUUGUUUUGAGGCCCCAUCCCUGGAGCUCAGUUCAAAUGGGAAAAAUCCUCUUCACCUCGGCCAACAAACACCAUCAAUACAUUAUCAGUUCCUUCAGCAACAGCAACGUUUACAGCUCCAACAGCAGCAGCAAAUGAAGCAGCAAGCUGAGAUGAUGUUUAAAAGGAGCAAUAGUGGGAAUAUUCUGAACUUUGAUUACUCUAGCUGUACUCCUACAAUUUCAUCUGCUAGAUCUUUCAUAUCUUCCUUGAGUAUAGAUGGUAGUGUGGCUAAUUUAGAAGGAAGUGCAUUUCAUUUGAAUGGUGCCCCUCGGAAUUCGGAUCAGAGUUCACAGCUACAUAAAAGAAAGUGUUCUGGAAGGGGAGAAGAUGGGAGUGUGAAAUAUGGAAGCAGUGGAAGAUGCCAUUGCUCAAAAAAGAGGAAACAUAGGGUAAAGAGGUCAGUCAAGGUACCUGCUAUUAGCAACAAGCUUGCUGAUAUCCCUCCUGAUGAUUAUUCAUGGAGGAAGUAUGGACAGAAGCCAAUCAAGGGUUCUCCUCAUCCUAGGGGAUAUUAUAAGUGUAGUAGCAUGAGAGGUUGUCCUGCUAGGAAGCAUGUUGAGAGGUGCUUCGAAGACCCAUCCAUGCUCAUCGUUAGUUAUGAAGGUGAACAUAACCACCCCAGAAUACCAUCACAGACUACAAACGCGUAAUCCUUACAUGCUGUUUUCGAGCCUCUGACCGUUGGAUUAGGUAAACUUAUAUAUGGAUGGCCUCUGUACAUAUUUUCCCUUUUCUGUUAAAAGAAGAAAAAAAAAAGUUUUCCUUCUUUACUCUGUGGAGUUGGCUCUUCAAAAACUUCUUAGCAGUUAGGUCAAUGAGCUGGAAUCAUAGCACCCACCAGAGGAAAAUGUAGAAUUGGGCUUUACAUUGUAACAACUUUUUCAUUUUCCAUGAAGCAAAGCUUGAAGCAGUUCUUCCGGAUA